AUGCUAAACGCUUUUGUGGCACGUGGAGUGUUAUACAAGCUUAUUGCUGAAGAGGGGAGCACUAACAAGAAAAUUCAAUUAAAUAUAGUGCCUAUAUUUGAUUUUAAAUUGAACAAAUAUUUAAUUCAUUCGAAUCCGUUGAAAUUCAAAAAUGGAGGCUGUUGGGAAAUUAAUAAAAAUUCGGAUAUUUCUAAUGUUCAAUAUGACUCGUUAUCCGAUUCAAUUAGUGUUACUCAAAAUGGCAAAAUUUAUUUGAUAAAAUUUUAUAAAAAUUAA